GUGCAAUCGUAGCAACAAAAAAAAGCCGUGUGCCAUCGGACGGACAGUACACCUUUUGGGCCGACAAGCGGAACCAAUUUCCAGUCGCGCGGGUAAAUUAAACAACAGAAUCCACCCGCCUGCUCGAUCAACGCCAUCAACGCUUUUCCACAAUCAACACACCACGCCGGUGGGCUGGACGCCGCAUUUCCACAUCGGCAAACGGCGGACCAAAGGUAAGCAACGGUGCACUGUUGUUUACCUUUUUAGUUGGCAAUUUUUCCUUCCCUACCGCAACCCGGCGAACAGACAGAAUGUCGCACACCAUCCUGCUGGUGCAGCCGGGGCAGCAUCCGGAAACGCGCACCUACAGCGACUACGAGAGCGUGAACGAGUGCAUGGAGGGGGUGUGCAAGAUCUACGAGGAGCAGCUGAAGCGGCGCAACCCCAACACACCGACCAUCACCUACGACAUUAGCCAGCUUUUCGACUUUGUCGAUCAGCUAAUCGAUCUCAGCUGCCUCGUCUACCAGAAGUCGACCAACACCUACGCGCCCUACAACAAGGAAUGGAUAAAGGAGAAAAUCUACGUGCUGCUGAGGCAGGCGGCCGGCACCAACGCGUAACCCAACCGGUGUCGGACGAAGGCGGCAGCACGUGUUGCGACACGAGCCGAUUUUUUAUUUCAUUUUAUUUUAUUUUUUAAAUCUCCUUUCCCAUUACUUGUACACACUUUUACACGCUGAGAUUGUUUGAGAUUGAUCCCGAAUAGCCAAAACAAAAAAAAAACGGUCCCAACCCAAGGACUGUGUAGGAACGAGGUAAAAUAUUAGAUAAAAUCGGUUUGUCCAUCUUGGAUGCCAUUUGACAGCGGAGAGCCGUUGAAAAAUCAUCAUACCUUCAAACAUUCAUUACUACUAGAGGCAUACAUACUUUUUUUGUAAAAUUUAUGAACCUAUUAACAAUUUUCAUGCGAUUUCCAGCCCUUUUCAACAUUAAAAUCCUAAUUAAAAUUCGAAUCGAAAAGGGCUUUCAGAAGUCAAACUGCUGUAACGAACUUUUGGCUACUUUGUCAAAUCGUUCUACAUUACUUGACCUCGUUGCUGCACAGUCGUUGGUCCCAACCAUUGGGAUGAGGGUGAGGAGGUUGAGUUAAGUACGCCAAAACGACGUUCAUGAUAGCAAAGGUGGCGCUUUAUCAUGAAACCUGUGCGCGCGGUAGUUGUUAAGGGUCGCCCACCGUCGCCGCCGCCCCGCGUAUACACAAUGUGUUCAAGAAGCAUACCAUGUAACGGUUGAGUAAUAAAACAAUAUUUUAACAAGCAUAAGAAAGCUCGCAACGUUUUUGGCGUGUUGAAAUAGUAGAUCAACAGCGAG